GCUGCAUAAUCCAUUAAACCUCCCAAGAAAGUAGAAACCCACGAUAAACUGCUGUGUGGGUCUUCUGGUAGUAGCAGAAAUCGAAGAACUCUCCGAGUAAUGAAGCAACUAUUUUUGAAACUCUGGAGCAGAUUUAGGGGAAACCACAACUACUAGCAAUGAACUCCUUAAUUGCAAGGACUAAUGGUCGUAUCAUCGGGAUUUCAUCGUAUGGAGUCACAACAUUAACAUCGAGAAGAAUAGUAAUUGAUCGUUCUCCAGUAAAAAUCGCAAUAAAUUAUGAGCAUGUUUUGACGACGCUUUGUGCUCGGUGUUACUGUUCUCUUAAAACAACCGGUGUUAGUAAAUCCAAGUCGAAGAAAUCAGAUUCUAAAACGGCGGCGAUAAUGGAGGAAGAGAAGAAUGCUUUCUUUGUUGUCCGGAAAGGGGAUCUUAUCGGUGUGUACAAGAACUUAAUUGAUUGUCAAGCUCAAGUUGGAACUUCUAUAUGUGAUCCUCCUGUCAGUGUGUAUAAAGGCUACACCAUGCCCAAGGAAUCUGAACAAUAUUUACUCUCUUGUGGGCUUAAGAAUGCUCUUUAUUCCAUCAGAGCCAUGGAUUUGACAGAAGGGCUAUUUGGAAGCCUUGUGCCAUGCCCAUUUCAGCAUCCACAUGUUUCCAUAGCCGAAUCCAAAAGAAUUUUUCAUGAAGCUUUAGGGUCCCAAACUGCAGGUGCUUGUAUUCUUGAGUUUGAUGGUGCGUGUAAAGGAAAUCCAGGACAAUCAGGAGCAGGAGCUGUGUUAAGAACUGUUGAUGGAAGUUUGCUUUGUAGAUUGCGUGAAGGUUUGGGUAUAACAACUAAUAAUGUUGCUGAAUAUCGAGCUAUGAUUUUAGGGUUAAGAUAUGCUCUUAGCAAAGGAUUCACAAGUAUAUAUGUUGUAGGCGACUCUAAACUCGUUUGCAUGCAGAUUCAAGGGCUAUGGAGGGUGAGAAAUGAAAAUAUUAUGAAAUGGUAUGAAGAAGCAAAAAGACUAAAAGAUGAAUUUCACUUUUUUGAGAUCAAUCAUGUAUUAAGGAACUUCAACUCGGAUGCUGAUGCUCAAGCAAACUUAGCUGUUGUUCUUGAAGUUGGUCAGGUUCAGGAGGAGGAGGUUGAUGAAUAGUUCAGUUAACACACAGGGCGAAUGAAAAGUCAAAAUCAAAGUCAAAGUCAACAAUCAAUCGAGUCUUCCAAGAUUGGCUUCAACAAGGUGUUAAUGAGCACAAUAUAUGCCAUUUUUGUCCAUAUUUAUGGAGGUUGUAAAUGAUUUUUGGUCAUGCUUGUGGUUUUAGAGCGAUAUGAAGAACUAUAAAAUGAUAUUCUUUUGUAUUCUUAAUGAUUGAUAAUUGUGUGAUGCGGUUUUUGAUGAUAUAUAUAUAGUCAACAAUGUGUAUAAUAUGUGUUCGAUUGUAUGAUUUGGAUCAUGUUAUUCUUUUAUAUGUUAAAGAUCUUAGGGGUUGCUUUUUUUUUUUUCA